GAUCCAGUGAGAAUGAUACAGUUUCCCACGCGACGACGUGACGGGAACAAGGCAAGAUCGGCAUCUUGGCUCCAAGAAGCAACAAACGCUACAACCUCGUCACUGCCACAACAAAAAGCCAAUUGACUGAGUUCUGGUGGAGAUACAGUGAAUGUAGUUGUGGAAGAAGACAAGACGAACAAUCGACAGUAUCCAGCCAUGGCAGAACUACGUGAUCCGUCCUUCAUAAUGGAGGCCGCAGAUGUGGAAUCCAAGACGAGUGGAAAAUCUUUCGAUGAUCUCUACACUAUUGGGGAAUUGCUCGGAAGAGGCGUAUUCUCCGAGGUGAAAUCGGGUCACCACAAAGAGACUCAGCACCAAUACGCCAUUAAAAUCAUUCACAAACCGGAAAUGGAAGAAUUCGACAAGCGAUGUCUCACACAAGAAAUUGCCUCCUUGAGUGCCCUCAAUCAUCCCAAUGUCAUUACGCUGCACGACGUCUUUGAUGGAAAAGACACGGUUCACAUGAUUCUAGAAAUUGUGCAAGGAGGAGAGUUGUUGGGUCGCUUGAUUCAAAAGAAAAAUUACACCGAACGAGAAGCCAGAGAUGUCUGCAAAAGUGUCAUGGAGGCCAUGCAUCACUGCCAUUCACACAAAAUUGCUCAUCGAGACUUGAAGGCCGAGAAUUUGUUAUUGGCGAGCCUAGACGAUGAUACGACCGUCAAAAUUGCCGACUUUGGCUUUGCAAAGUACUGUCCUCACGAUGAAGCACUCAAAACACAGUGUGGAUCUGCGCAACAUGUUGCACCGGAGAUUCUAAAGAACGAAUCCUACGGAACCAAAGUAGACAUGUGGGCUCUGGGCGUCAUUCAUUACACUCUCAUUGGAGGAAGGCCUCCGUUUUGGGCGCAGGAAGGGAAUCAAGCCACUUUUCAGAAAAUUCUCAAACGCGAUUUCAAGUUUACAGAUGAUCUAUGGGGACACGUCUCGGACGACUGCAAAGACAUGAUUCGCAAUCUACUCCUGCUCGAUCCAAAACAACGGUGGUCCGCCGACGACGUUCUCAAGUGCAAAUGGAUUGCCGAGAGCGAUGCAUCAGAGUUGGAUCAACAUUCGCUCGCCGUCAACCAAGAAAAACUAAAGCUGGUGGGCGCCGCAAAGGAAAAGGUCAAGGCGGCCACGUACGCAUUGAUUGGGCUCAACCGAUUGCAGUUUGAUGGACAAAUCCCCGAUGACGACGAGAUUAUUGAAGAAAUCAUUGAAGAAGAGACUGUGGUAUCCGAAUUUGAAGAAGAAGAAGUCAUCGAAGAGAUUGUCGAAGAAGAGGAGGAGGAAGAAGAAGAGUUUGUCGGAAUUGUGACUCGUGAUCUCUACUCGGCCUUCAAAAUUGCGGAUUGCGAGUGCGAACCGAAACGUAGAGAUUACUUUGCGCUCGCACAGACCACGGGAGAUUUUCUGGCGCAGGUACUCAAGAACAAGUACGGGGACGAUUUCGAUGAGGUGGAAAUGACGCUGCGUAAGUCUCUCUACAAUGCUGGCAAACCGACGGAUGAGUAUCAAGUCUACGUGGAAUGGGAUAUUACGGCACAUUUUGCAUGCGAUCCGGAAAAGGUGCCGUCGCGGAGAGAAGUCUGUACCUCCCUGGUCAUGGCCAACUUGGAAAACUACAUUAUUGAAUAUCUCCAUCCCCUGGAGAGUUGCCCCGGUGCGGGUUCCCCCAAAGUGCCUUCCAUGUUCCAGCAGACGACGGGUGUUUUCUUUGGCCAUGUUGCGUUCUAACCAUCUAGACGAGAGAGGACGCCAAAACAAUCAGCUUUUGUGGGAAUUUUGAAUCAAUCAAUCAACCGUAAUCGUUACGGCGCAAUAGUUGUCCUGUAUGGUCUCUGCUUUGUGCUAGCAUCUUUAUGAUAGGUUGUUCCACCACUUCUGUACAAAUCUGGACACUUGUACGGCCACACCAACCGAAGGUCGCCACACCAGUGUUUAGCCUAGCCAGUCCCUAUCAUAGCCUCUGAUCCAGCACAAAGACCCGGAUUCCUCGUCACAAACCCUCCAAACAAUGCCCCGUCCCAGACACAUCAUGGGACACUCCUAGGAUCCUGCAUGCCAAAAAUUGUUGAAGAGUUUGGUGAGACGUGUAAUUUGGAUCAAGGCACGGUACAAAAGGCAGCUAAAACAUCGUAGCAAUCAAGAAGGAUC